AUGCAAAAUCAAUACACUCACCAUCGUGAUACAUUGAAAGAGGUUGGGAUUAGUAAGAAAAAUAAUUUUUACUCUUUACACAAUUCUUCUAAUGCAAGUGUCACUUCCUUAGGGGCAAGGUCAGAUUCAGUAUCUGAUCUUUAUAGACUCCCACAGCAACAUUAUUUAAAUAGAGGAAGUUCUGUAAAGAAAAGACCAAAUUCCCCUGGUGAAAAUCCUUACCCAUUGUCAAUUCCUAACGUUGGCACAAGUAUAAAUUUACCACUAAUAUCCGAUCCACCUUCGUCAAACUCCCCCUCCAUCAACAAAAACAACAACAUUAAUAACAUCAAUAAUAAUAAUAAUAAUAAUUAUAAUAACAACAACAACAAUAAUAAUAAUAAUAAUAACAGCAAUAAUAAUAAUCCAAAUAUAUCAUCGCAUCAGCAUUUGCAUUCACCACAUCAACAUAAACAACUCACUCCAUAUCAAAUACAAAGAAGAAAAAUGAUGAGAAGUUUUCAAUUCCCAAAUGGUGAGAAUUUUACUCCUAGAAGAGAAAUCGCUGGCCUUUCAAGAUCGAAUAGUAUGACUAGUUUAUCAAAGGAAAGGAGAUUGGCUAGAUCUCCAUCGCAAAGACCAAUUUCGAUGGUUUGUUCUGCUUCAAUGUCCAAUUUACGUGAACCAUACCGCCAGCCACAUAGCUCAUUUCAUGGUCAAACUUCUUCACCAAGAAAUUCACCUGUUCAAGCGGAGAGAAGAAAUAGGCCAUAUUUAGUUAGCAAUUCUCCUUUGUAUGCUAAAAAAGAGAACACUAUUACCAAUCCUAAUGGUCUUCCAGCUCUAUCGCGCCAAACCUCACAAGUAGAAUCAACCAUCUCUAGUACAAGCACAUGUGAUAAUAGUGACGCAGGCAGUUUUAUUAGCAAUAUAUCAUCAAGUAUUUCAAGUACCCUUUCAAGAUCAAUGUCAAGAUCAAAAUCAAAUUCAACUUCCAAAAUUAAUUCAUUUUUCAAGAAGUUAUUAGGUAAGAAAGAUAAAUCGGGAUUACACGCAUCAACGAGCUCUGUAUCUCUGGCUUCUACUGACACACUGAGCACCAACACUCCUCGUAAUAAUAUACAUUCGCAGACUGUUAUUCCACCAGAAGAGAUCAGAAAAGCAUCGUCUAAAAGUGAAGUACCUUCAGAUGUAUCGUUUGAAAGAAAAAUAUCUCUAUUGGAAAUUACAGAUGGGAAUUUUCUGAAUGGUGUCACUAAAGAAAUUGAAGAAAAAAAUGAAGAUGACUUGCUCUUAGAUAUUGAUCUAGUGUUCGAUAAUUUGUUACUGAAAACUGAACGCAUUUCUCCUAAUUCUUCGAGAGAAUCAUCGCCAGCCUCCACCAUUUCAAAAGAUUCCAAUGAACAAGAUAUUUCAAGGAAUGUAAAUUCGAGCACCCAUAUGAUGACAUUGCCUCCAAGAUCAACAAAUAGGCCACAACUAAGUAAUAUUCAAUCAGCAAUGAAAUUCUAUAACCAUUCGCAACAAGAUUGUAUUAAUAAUAGAGAUAUUCUAGACCGUUUAAGUAAAGAAUGGGCCGUUGUCUGUGUUGACGAUGUGAGCACAUCAUCGAUUAGCUCAUUGUCGCCUUCUAUUGUCUCAGAAGCCACAUCUGAUGAAUCGAAGAUACGCAAAUCAUUCAGAUUUUCUAAAGAAGUUCAUGUCAGCAAUACUUGGUCUUCAGUUGAAUAUGAGAGAUCUGACAGAUCAUUCCGCAAUAAUCAUCGUAGAUUAUUGCAAAUGCAGAAUAAACGCUAUGUCGAGGCAAUCAAAAGUGAAUUGAACAGUUUCAAAAGAGAUGAGAUGGUUGUUCAUGAAAAUAGCAUUCAAAAUACCCAUUAUUUUCCAUAA